AUGGAAAAAAUAUUUAUGGUUACAAUAAACUUAGUUAAUGAUAAUUCAUCAAAGCCAAGCAAGUCGAAUAAUGAUACAAGUUUAAAGGAAAAAAAUGAAAUUGAUAAUUAUCUUGAAGACCAUAAUGAAAAUUCAUUACAAACCAAAGUUUGGUCAGAAAAAUAUGAAGUAUCAAAAGUUCUGAGGGAAAAUAAAUUCUACAAUCAAAUAGAUGAUAUGACUAGUUUUUUAAAACAAUUAUACAGGCUAAAUGCUUUUCCAAAAAAUAUUGAUGAUGUAAUAUAUUUAAUGAAAAAAAGAAAAAUGAGAAGGCAAGUCCUUCUUCAACAAUAUUUACCAGGAAGGAAAGCUAUUUUAAAACCUGAUUUAGCAGCUGCUCAUUUUAUCAUUUCUCGAGGAGGAAUUGUUAAAUUUAAAGGGCAAAAAAAUUGGAUUAGUUUAAAAGAGAGUUCAUUAUUGCCGAGCGUUUAUUCUCCAGGAUAUUUUGUCGAAGCCAUUAAUGCUGAAAAAACAAAUUUGUGUUUUGAAGGAUUACAAAAUAUUUGUCAACUAGAAUAUUUAAAAUCGUUGUCACUCAAAGGACUUAAAGAAAUAAAUGAUUGGUGUUUAGAUUGGAUUACAAAUGAAUUUCAAAAUCAAAUUGAGGAUUUAGAUAUUAGUUUUUGUACCAAUAUCACUCACAGGGGAAUCCCUUCUUUACAUCGUUUUGAAAAUUUAAAAACACUAACUCUUGAAGGCAUUUCAGAAGCACCAGAAUUUAAAUUAGCCUGUCUAAUAAAUCAAAGGAAUCGACUUAUCAAUUCCCAAGAAAAUUGA